AUGCUUUCUACAUAAUUUUCUCUUUUUGAUUAAGUUGAUGAAGUUUGUACAAAUAUAUUAGAGAAUAAUAGUCUAGUAACUUUGAAAAAAAAACAAGAGAUUAAUAGGUACUUAUUGUAUAAUGAUAUAUAGCAAAAUUGAUGUUUAUAUUUAAAAUCACUCUAAUGAUUAGUAAUAGAACGAAGCUAAAAAGUUUAUAAAAGUAGCAAUAAAAUGCAUAAAAAAUCAUAUAGCGAAAAAUGUAAACAAAAAUAAAUAAAUUGAAGAUUCUUCCAAAAUUCAAAGAUUAAUAUAAGGAUCCAAUAUUAAAUAUUGAAACAUUUCUUAGUAUACAUCAUACAUUUGUUAAGUCGAUGAAAUCAUACAAAACUAUUUUAUAUUAAGCGGUAAUUAAAAUGGCAAAUAUUUUAUAGGCGCAAACAUUUUAAUAAGAAAGUAUUCCAGAUUUUUAUACAAGUUUAUUUGAUAACAUAUUUGUUGAAGAAUUAUAAAGUGUGUUUAAAAAUGUUUUAUUUAAAAGUGUGGUUGAUAUUAUCAAAACUGUAAUUUUAAGUUAAAUAUAAUUUUAGGCUUGUGAAGAUGAAUAGAAAUAAUAAAAAAUUAGUGAAUUAUUAUAUUAAUUUGGAAAUGUAAUGACUUAAUUAUAAAAAUCUACUGAAGAAGCUAUAGAAUUUAAAAUAGAGAAAGAAUUUAAAUAAAAAAUUUUUGAUUAUUUUGAAGAGAAAUAUCAAUAAAAUUAUAAUUCUUGGCAUCUAAGUUUAAAAACGUAAGUAUAUUUGAGAAAAGUUUAUUAAUAAAAAGAAAUAAAUGAUAGGGUUUUAAAGUUUGGUGAUAAAACAAUUUUAGAAUAAGUAAAUAGAAUUUUAAAUUCUCAUCUUUUAACAUAUUAUAAAUCAUAUUUAUUAUCAGAGAGUAAUGCUGAUAAUUUUGAACAUCUAUUGAAAGAAUUUCAUUAAGAACCUAACAGUUACUAAUAAAAUUUAAAAUUGAUUGGAGAUUUAUAUGGAAGUUUAGAUGAUCAUUAUGAUUAAAUUGCUGCAAAUUUUAAAAAUAUUAUAACAUUAGAAGGAUAAACAAUAAUGUAAAAAAAGAAUCAUUAAAUAGUGGAAACUAAUUCAGAUUAAAAUUUUUCUGAUCCAAAUUUUAUUGGAUAAUUUUAUAGUCUUUAUUAGAAAUAUUUUCUAUUGAUAGAAAGUUGUUUCGCAUAAAAAUCUGAUUUUAUAAUGGCUUUGAAUAAUUCAUUUGAAACAUUUAUCAAUUUACCUAUUGGAGUAUUUAUAUAUAAAUAUAUUUUUAAAAGAAUCAUGAAUUUGCUGAUUAUCUUGUGACUUAUAUAGGAGAAUAGAUAGAGUUAUUAAGAAAUUAACCAAAGAAUUUUUCUAUAAAAUCACCAGAAUAGAUAGUAAAACUAUUUGUAUUUAUAAAUUAAAAAGGGAGAUUCUUAAAAGUAUUAAAAAUAGUUAAACAUAAAUAUAGUUAUAUAAAAUAUCUUUAGCAUAAAGAUUAAUAAAAUAUUAGAGAUAAGUAGAAACUAAGAAAAAUAAAUUAGCUUGUUAAAUUGAAAUGAGUAUAGUAGAAGAGAUGGAAAAGAAAUGUGGAGCAUAAGAUUUGGAAUCACUCAAAAUUAUGAUUAGAGACUUUUAAAAGACAGAAAAUGAAGUAACAAAAAUAUAAGAAGAAAAAGGAUUAUGUAAAUUAUAAAUUUAGCCACCAAUUAUAAUUAACAAGUAACAUUGGCCAGAAAUAGAUGAAUUAUAACUAAAUCUUCAAUCUGAUUUAAUAACUUAACAAAAAGAAAUUAUAGCAAAAAGAUAAUAAUAAAAAACAUUGAUAUGGUUAGAUCUAAUUUCUUAUGUUGAAAUAUAAUGCACAGAAAAAGCAUUGACAUUCAACUUAAGUGUCCCAUAAGCAGUUAUAUUAUUACUUUAUCAAUACAGAAAUGAUAUUUUAGAUGUUAAUAGAAUCGCUUCUUUAACUGGAUUAAAAGAAUAAUAUGUUAUAUAAAAUUGUAAAAUGAUGAAAGAUGCCAAAAUAUUAGAUGAAUAAAUUUUGAAUGAUUAAGUUUGUUAUUAAUUUAAUGAGAAUUUAACUAAAUAAAAAAAAGGAAAAUCUAAAAAAAUAGUAACUGAAACUUAUUUCCCUUAAAAUUAAGUAGAAUAAGGUAAAAUCUAAUAAUUAUAUUUAAGUUGUGUCUGUUUAUGAUAAAGAUUUAGCUAUAGAAGCAGCUAUUGUUAAAAUUAUGAAAAAACAAAAAGAAAUGUAAUUUAGUGAUUUGGUAAUUUAAGUCUAAGGACACAUGAAGAAAAAUUAAAAUGUUGAAAUACCAUUUGCAUAAAUUAAAUAAAUGAUAGAAAGAUUGCAAAGAAAUGAAUACUUAGAAAGAGAUGCCAUUAAUAUGUAAUUGAUAAAAUAUAAAUGA